AUGGUCGCCUCUUUCCGUGAUCUCCUCGGUAUCCGUCCUGGUACAGCCUCGACCUCCGACUCUGCUCUAAUCAUCAUCGACGCUCAGAAUGAGUAUGCAAAGGGACAACUGAAGGUAACCAACGCGGAGUCAAGCGGGAAGGCUAUUGCCAGCCUGCUUGAGAAGUACCGGGCUGCAGGUGGCAAAAUUGUGCAUGUCAUGCACCAGACACCUGAGGGUGCACCGAUCUUCACGCCCGGCACUGAGCUGGCAAACGAAUUCAGCAAUGUUGCUGCGAAGGAUGGUGAGGAGACAAUAUGGAAGCAGUUCCCCGGUUCUUUCGAACAGACACCUCUACACGACACCCUCCAGUCGUGGGGUGUGAAAAAGGUGGCUUUGACAGGCUACAUGGCCCACGUCUGCGUCUCUACUACAGCUCGCGAGGCCAUGCAGAAGGGCUAUGAAGUCAUUUUGGUUGAAGACGCCAUUGGCGACCGCGACAUCCCAGGUGUGAAGGGCGAUGAGUUGACCAGAGUUGCACUUGCUGAGUUGGCCGAUGUCUUCGGUACCAUCGUGCAGAGUGAGGAUAUUAGGUGA